CGAUGGGACUAUUCCGUUGACGCACCAAUUUUUGUUUUCCAUACAAGCGACAGCAUUGCCUCUUCUAACAAAAGACCCGUCAUAUCUUUUUCGGGUCUACGCGAAACGUUUCUUACUGUGCGCGGCUCAUUGAUUUCCAGGAUCACACUCCAUACCGAAGUGCUCCAGCCUUCGCAAUUUGAGCUAGCGCACACGUCACAGCACGCCGAUGUAAUAGCUGUGUGGCAGCGGAAUCCAAUGGCUGAAGUGGGGGUCAACAGAAUCGUUGACCUUGACCUGGAAAGCUAUCCUGUCCUUCCACAUCUUACACUCGAGUCAGACGCCGGAACACAUCCAGUGUACGACAGAAGAGCCGUGGACAUACGCAAAGCAUUCUGCCGCACCUGGGUUGCCGGCUUCAUAAUCGGAAAGCAGGUUGGUGAUACCGAGUUGUUCAAACGGUACGCAGAUGCGUAUUGGGAGCGUUUGGCAUUUGGUUCCGAGGAGUCCCCUGAAAACAUCGAGUCGAGACGUGGUCUGACACCUGAGCAGCGGCACACGCAUAAGCUCGAUGAUCAGAAAGACUGGGGACGAUAUCGUGAUGGUGUCGCGAAUAGGCAGCGGCUAGCACUCAUGCCUUCGCGGUGGGUCUUCAGGGAGUAUCCGCAACUCGAAUUUCAAGGCAAUAGAUCUAACUCUGAGCCUUCUCAAGAGACUUGUUUCAAGCAGCGACGCAACCAACUCCGCUCAGCUCAAAUAGUUCCUCAUCCACAGAACUUGACAGUUCCUGUUAGAGCUACGUCUACAUGCUUCAGAAAGCGCAGGUCGAGUGGAGUGCAGAUGGUGUACUAUUGGUUGAGGACAAUAGCGCCGCCUGUUGCACUUUUUGAAGGUCUCGAGGAUAUUACUUGCAUCAUCUUCUCCUUUCUUCGAUGGGUUGGCAAAGCCUUGUCUUGUGGUGUGGGGUGUGAAGCCGGGAAGGGCACAGAAGACUGCAGAGGCGUAGCUUGA